GAGAGGUUCCUUUUGUUGGCGGGGUGCAGGGUACGCCCGCGCCUAUUGUGGACCCGGGGGUUUACCUGCUUCGCGGGGCGGCCUGGCUGGGCCUCGCUCACUAAGCGCUCCUCAGCCAGUUUCGUCAGCCAGCGCGCCGCCAGAAUAUCGGCUAAGUCCAGCCGGGACUUGUGCUCUGGCGAGCAGAUGCGAAAUUUUUCUAAGUGCGUACUGGCGGAGCAGAGACAGAGCAUACGUGAAGUUUCGACUCGACUGGUCUUACCGGGCGUAAGUCAUCUGCUCAGCUCAGCCUAAACGUCAAAAUUUAAAAAUAAUUUCACUUUUUGAACCAUCAAAAAUGGAGUACGGCCCUAGUAUUCGUAAUCUAUUCUUAGUUGUAAAAUUCGAUGAUGAUAAGGAAGGUGAUUACUGGGCUGUGCCCUUCACAUCAGUGGAUAGCUAUUCAGUUUGGGUUAAUUUGUGGAAAAGAGGUGGUGGUGUUCAAAGUAUGGCAGAUAAUGUAUGUGUAGUGUUCAAUGGUGUGGGAGACAUUCCGUUGGACCUUUCAAGUGAUCCACUGGGAACAAGGAAAUGUCCCAAGUGCACGAGAAAGCCCAUGUGUUGUCUACGGUCUGCAAAAGUAGCCUAUGGUCCUCGAGAAAAUUUGUGCUGCGUUCUGCUGUCAUACGAGAGACGAGUAACAGGAUAUGAUAGAGAAAAGGAUGAGGCUGCGGUUCUUCCAACAACUGAGGAGCAAGAAAGACGAUUCACAGGAUACGAUUGCGAUGAGAUAGCGGUUUCUCCAACAACUCAAGAGCAAGAUGCAGACUUCUCUCAAAACCAACAAAACUGUAUCAAAGAUACAGAGAAAGAAAAAAAAGCAUCCAAGAAAAGGAAUGAUUUCCAUAGCCUAUGCAACAGUUAAACGAUCUCCAGUUUAGCAAAAUAUGACCCUGAUUAUGAACGCUUAUUGUACAGAAUGGACUAUGACACUGAUUGUGAAGACUAGGUAAAAUCAAUGUGUAGCACUAAUAGUGAACCCUUAAAUAAGUCAUUUGUUUUAUAUUCUUUGUUCAUGGAAGCAACUAGUAUAUCUGUUUUUAUGUUGGUGUAAAUGUUUGUAAGAAUAACAGCUUUUCUUUCUCUCUACUGACUUCUUUGUGGCUGAAUUGUAUGAUUUUUAUAGAAAUGUCUUCUAAAUAAGAAUAAGAAAGUAUCACAGCCUAAUUAAUUGAAUAAGAACCACGCAUAUCUCCAGAAACUUUGGGGUUUUAAGUUAUAUGGAAGAAGUCUGUAUUGUUCAACACUACAAGAAAACCAAGCUUUUUAAAAUAAAUCCAUGGUUCUUAUUCAAUCAAUCAGUCUGGGAUACUUUCAUAUUGUUAUUUGGAAGACAGUUUCAUUAAGAUAUUCAGAUAGAGGAGGAGAAGAAAGGCAUUUUUUUAUUAUCUUGUGGUGCAACUUAGAUUCUGUUUAUAAAAUUUUGCACCGGGUUUAUGUAAGCCUGUGGUUGUUACAUUGGUUUAUUAUUUUCUAUAAGCUGUGUAAAGUAAGCUUGCAAAUUAGUCUCAUCACUCUGCUCUGUAAUGGGUACAUCUACUUUUGAAAUGGAAUCGGAAUCAAAUUAUCAAUCUGGCUGACCGAAUGAAACGUAAACUCACACCAUAUUAAAAACACUAAAGAUGUCAAGCAUAUAGGUAAGAGGUUCAGUUUCAUGUUGAUAAAUAAUGUUAUUUAGAGUGAGUUGAAGUGGAAAGUAGCCAUGGUAGAUGAGAGGGAGUGUCUAGUGCAUCCUACAUCAUUUUGAUAAAUCAUAGCUUGAGAAAAAUAUAUUUUCUGUACUCAAAGAAAUAAGAUUGAGUUUGAGUAAUUUUAUGGGUACCAUAAUGGAGUGUUGUUUACUAUAAUCUGUUUUUAGUAGGCUUUCAAAGAAGCACACACACUUUGGUGUGCCUAAUUUUGUCAAGUCAUAGGCAAGCAGACAAAAUAUGAGAGAAACCGAUACCAAAUCUUUUUCAUUCUUGUCAUAUUUUGUGGGAGCUGUGGGGCAAGUGUUCUACCAUUUAAUAUA